CCUGGCAGUUUGGUCUGGAGCAGCUGAAACCGGUUUGAGCGUGGCCGCUUCCUGUCGCUCGGCGCCGCGGCGGGCCGCCUGGGAGAGCGCUGGCGAGGCACGGACGGCGGGCGCCCGGCACCUCGGCCCGGGGUCCUCGCUCUCGGGCGGGGCGGGGGCGACGCGGACCCGCGGACUAGCGAACCCUGCAGCACAACAUCAUAAAAUAAAUCAUCAGAAUGACACCUUCUCAGAUUACCUUUGAAAUAAGAGGAACUCUUUUACCAGGAGAAGUUUUUGCAAUAUGUGGAAGCUGUGAUGCUUUGGGAAACUGGAAUCCUCAAAAUGCUGUGGCUCUUCUUCCAGAGAAUGAGACAGGUGAAAGCAUGUUAUGGAAAGCAACCAUUGUACUCGGUAGAGGAGUCUCAGUUCAGUAUCGCUACUUCAAAGGGUACUUUUUAGAACCAAAGACUAUCGGUGGUCCAUGUCAAGUGAUAGUUCACAAGUGGGAGACUCAUCUACAACCACGAUCAAUAACCCCUUUAGAAAACAAAAUUAUUAUUGACGAUGGACAAUUUGGAAUCCACAAUGGUGUUGAAACUCUGGAUUCUGGGUGGCUGACAUGUCAGACUGAAUUAAGAUUACGUUUGCAUUAUUCUGAAAAACCUCCUGUGUCGAUAACCAAGAAAAAAUUAAAGAAAUCUAGAUUUAGGGUGAAGCUGACACUGGAGGGCCUGGAGGAAGAUGACGACGACAGGGUGUCUCCCGCUGUGCUUCACAAAAUGUCCAAUAGCUUGGAGAUAUCCUUAAUAAGCGACAAUGAGUUCAAAUGCAGGCACUCACAACCCGAGUGUGGCUAUGGCUUACAGCCCGAUCGUUGGACAGAGUACAGUAUACAGACAAUGGAACCAGAUAACCUGGAACUAAUCUUUGAUUUUUUUGAAGAAGAUCUCAGUGAACAUGUAGUACAGGGUGAUGCCCUUCCUGGACAUGUGGGCACAGCUUGCCUCUUAUCAUCCACCAUUGCUGAGAGUGGGAAGAGUGCUGGAAUUCUUACUCUUCCCAUCAUGAGCAGAAAUUCCAGGAAAACAAUAGGCAAAGUGAGAGUUGACUAUAUAAUUAUUAAGCCAUUACCAGGAUACAGCUGUGACAUGAAAUCUUCAUUUUCCAAGUAUUGGAAGCCAAGAAUACCAUUGGAUGUUGGCCAUCGAGGUGCAGGAAACUCUACAACAACUGCCCAGCUGGCUAAAGUUCAAGAAAAUACUAUUGCUUCUUUAAGAAAUGCUGCUAGUCAUGGUGCAGCCUUUGUAGAAUUUGAUGUACACCUUUCAAAGGACUUUGUGCCCGUGGUAUAUCAUGAUCUUACCUGUUGUUUGACUAUGAAAAAGAAAUUUGAUGCUGAUCCAGUUGAAUUAUUUGAAAUUCCAGUAAAAGAAUUAACAUUUGACCAACUCCAGUUGUUAAAGUGUGUGCUUUGGCGUUCUGUUCUGUUUGGGAGAAUGGGUCUGCGUUGUGGUAUUUUAUUUACUAAGAUUUUCUAUUUUAAAAUUUCAGAAUCUGUGGUCCAGGAGGAAAAUUCCUUUUCAGAAAAUCAGCCAUUUCCUUCUCUUAAGAUGGUUUUAGAGUCUUUGCCAGAAGAUGUAGGGUUUAACAUUGAAAUAAAAUGGAUCUGCCAACAAAGGGAUGGAAUGUGGGAUGGUAACUUAUCAACAUAUUUUGACAUGAAUCUGUUUUUGGAUAUAAUUUUAAAAACUGUUUUAGAAAAUUCUGGGAAGAGGAGAAUAGUGUUUUCUUCAUUUGAUGCAGAUAUUUGCACAAUGGUUCGGCAAAAGCAGAACAAAUAUCCCAUAUUAUUUUUAACUCAAGGAAAAUCUGAGAUUUAUCCUGAACUCAUGGAUCUCAGAUCUCGGACAACCCCCAUUGCAAUGAGCUUUGCACAGUUUGAAAAUCUACUGGGGAUAAAUGCACAUACUGAAGACUUGCUCAGAAAUCCAUCCUAUAUUCAAGAGGCAAAAGCUAAGGGACUAGUAAUAUUCUGCUGGGGUGAUGACACCAAUGAUCCGGAAAACAGAAGGAAAUUGAAGGAACUUGGAGUUAAUGGUCUAAUUUAUGAUAGGAUAUAUGAUUGGAUGCCUGAACAGCCAAAUAUAUUCCAAGUGGAGCAAUUGGAACGCCUGAAGCAAGAAUUGCCAGAGCUUAAGAGCUGUUUGUGUCCCACUGUUAGCCGCUUUGUUCCCUCUUCUUUGUGUGGGGAUUCUGAUAUCCACGUGGAUGCCAACGGCAUUGAUAACGUGGAGAAUGCUUAGUUUUUGUUGCAUAGAGGCCAUUUUGGGGGCAUGCACCGCUGUUCGGGGUAUUCAUUUUUCAUCAUUGAGCAUUGUUUAUGCCUUUUGGGCUUCUCAGUUCAAUGAAGCAAUAAUGAAGUAUUUAACUCUUUCACUACAGUUCUUGCAAGAAUUUCAAGUAUGCUAUUUAAAUCACUUGGCCAGGUAUAAUUGCCAGUCAGUCUCUUUAUAGUGAGAAAAUUUAUUGGUUGGUAAAUAUAAAUAUUUUAAACUAAAUAUAUAAAUCUAUAAUGUUAAAAGAAUGUUUGUAGCACUUUGAAAUUAACUAUAUAAGUAGCUCAUAUUUACACUUACAACUUUUCAUUUGAUCAGGUCUGAAAUCUUUAGCACUUGAGGAAAAUGACUAUGCAUUAUUAUACCUGACCAUGGAAAAAUAAGUACCUCAAAUGCAUGCAUUUGCACUGGUGAUUCCAACUGCACAAAUCUUGUGCCAUCUUGUAUAUAGGUAUUUUUUACAUGGGUUGACAUGCACAUAACACCGUUUUCAUUCAGUAUGGACCUUGAGGCUGCUGCCAUUUUUCCACUUAACCAAACCAGCCUGAAGGUGAACCUUGAAACUUGUUUCAUAAAUCUUUCAAAAGUUGUUUUACAUCAAUGUUAAAAUUUCAAAAUGCUGCAGGGUAAUUUAAUGUAUAAAAUAUUAGUAAGAAAAAGUAUGUAUUGCGUACUUAGUACAAUAGCUCACAACAUAUAAAUUCAAUUCAGUGCAUGCUUUAGGUUUUAAGCAUGGGAUUGUACAUGUUUACUGUUAGGUCCUUGCAUCUGUGGUGCUAGGUGAGUAUGAGAAGAUGUCAAGGACUGGACAUAAUUUUGUUGCCUAAAAAAAAGCCUGUUGGUAGGCAUUUUAAAUAUGCUUAUUUUGUGUGUCUCUCACUACUAUUACACACUGUUGCUUUGUGGGUUUGUUUUGUAUAUGUGUGUGUUGUACAGUAGUUAAAUUUCCAUGCAGAAAAAUAAAUGUCCUGAAUUCUCAUAUUGGUAUUCUUUAUUGUACAUCAUGCAUGUAAUUUAUUUAGAAAUGUAGGUCUUACUAAAUGUAUAUGCAUGUGUUUCAGAUUAUACUAGGAUUUACUGGAUUAGAAGCAGAUUGUGUUAACUGUAACUUAAGAAUGAAUGUUAAAUAAAAUGAAACAUUUAUUUUCUUCAUUACAAAAUGAAAUUUCAAGAAGGUGUUACUUUUGUAGAAUGGUUUUAUAAUAUGACAAGAAAUUGAAAUAUAGUGUCUACCCUAAAGGGAUGGCUUAUUUGCAUCUACCUUUUACUGCAUGUUUUUCAUGAGGCAAUUUAUUCAUAUAUUGACAUAUUUUGGUAGUAGCUGAGAACCUAAGACUUGAAAUUACACAUUGUAUAUUAUAUUUUAAGCUAAGCAAUGCAAUUUUGGUCAGAUCUUGUUUGUGUGAAGAUAGGCUCUGAAAUCCUAUGGUAUUGCAUUUGUAACAUUGAUAUUUAAUGGAAAAUAGUCUAGGAAAUGGAGUCUUCUGCAAGGGUUCUGUAUAUUUUUCCCACAUCGAAUGAGAUUUUCCAACAUUUUGGUGGAAUUGGGGGCACUUUUGGAAAACUCCUGAAAAUGAAUUUGUUUCCUUCAUCUGCAGACCUUUGUCCGAUACGGUUACCAUUUCUUUAUGGUAACUCAAUUAGCCAUAUUUGUUUCUAGUCCUGCUCCUUUGCUCCUCGCCUAUGCCUUUCCAAUGCAGGCUCCAUUUUGAGGACUCAAGGACAGAGGGGAAGCAGAUCAUAAAGGGAAAAAAGAGACAGAAGAAAGGAUGAAGAAAGGAGGUCACGGUGGGUGUGGGCUUCUAAAGAGUUUAGUUUGCUGGGGAGACCAUACAGUCACUGCCUACAAUACAGACAGAACCUUCCUGCUCACUUUCUGUCCUAUCUCUUCCUGACCUCAUGAACCAGCGUUAGUAGAUGAUUAAAGCAUGACAAGCAAUGGCUCCUUACUUCACAGGACUAAGUCUGGGCCUUCAUAUCACUAGCUGUUGCCUUUUACACCCUGCUUCAGCCACACUGUCCCUUCAUUGGCCCUGGACCUCUUCUCUGUGCCCAUGUGUUCUCUGCCUGGGAGCCCUCUCCUCCCGUAGCCACCUGCUCUCUUCCAAACUCAUUUCUUCUUGAGCCCAAGACCUCUCUCCUGAGCCCUUGCGGAAACUCCAGAAAGGAUGAAUCCAUCUUUGUGCUCCAUGGCAGUAUGCUCACAGCUUCUCAGGCUGUGCAUCACAGUAAUUCUAAGUAGGCAGUUGAUGUUUGUCUCGUCUGCCAGGCUGCGGGCUCUUCAAGGGCAGGGACCUUGUCAUAGUCAUAUUUUCACAGUGCAUGGAAAAUGGUGGAAAAUGAAUGUUGGAAUCAUUGGAGUAAUAUGAUUUGUAUCAAAUGUCCUUUUGAAUUAAGAGAUUUAGUUAUGUUUACUAAGAAUGUAAACUUUGAAUUGGUUUACAUUUUGAUAAUUGUUAGGAUGGUUUAUCGAUGUGAAUUUUGAAAUGUAGAGGUAUAAUGUUAAAUUAUUUUAUACUUUAUGGAAAUCAAGUGAAAUGUUUGACAAAAUGCCGCCAUCGUCCUCUGGUAUUUUCUGCUCUCUGGAAUUAUGUACUGUAAACGAUUGGAUGUAAAUGUGAGGCACACUGCUCACCGCUGCGUGGGAAGUGUGGUGGUUACUCCUGCCACCCACCCACCUCUCUGCCGUUGCUCCUUGUGACGUUUGUCUGUCUUCUCCCUGCCAAACUCCAAGCUUACCGCUACCUCAGUACCGCUUUCCCUGUCUGAAACACCUCCUUGGCCUUCCUUCAGUGUCCCACUCAGGUGCCGCCACCUCCAGCUUUUGAUCUGAAUCAUGAUGGAAACACACAGACAGCCUCUCGGUCUUACUAUUUAAUGUUGUAGCUGGGGUAAAAAAACAAAAACCCAGAGAGUUUAACUGACGUCCUGGGUUGGGACUAGGAUGUGGGUUUUGUGACUCUUAAUCCCAUGUUCUCAAACUACGCUGCCUUCCGAAGUCUGGCAUUUGUUAGCUCAUGCUUUCUUGUAGUCCAGCUUCUUAUGUGCCUGUUACAUUCGCCAGUAAGAUUGUAAGCCCCUUAAGGGCAGGGACUUCUUUGCAUCUCCAGCACUGCUAUAGUGUUCUGUCCUUAGCUAUGAACUAGAUAAAUAAAUGGUGGUGGCAACAA